AUGGCGACCUCCAUGAAGCGAUUGACGACGGCAGACAUUACACAAGCCACGGGAGAGGAUGACCACCAUCGCGUUGUGGAAAUCGAGAUCAUCUUCGGGUCCUUCCACGAAAUCGAUGCCCUCGAAUCAUGCCCAAACCUGUGCAACUUUACACUGAUGAACACGAGAUUGCAGCGAAUAUGUCGUCUGGAGCCUGUUGCCCACACACUAACACGCCUGUGCCUCGCUGACCAAGAAUUGACCAAACUUGAAGCGCUGUGCCUCCCCCACUUGAGGCAAUUGCUCUUACAAAACAACCGCAUCGAGAUCAUUGAAAACCUUGACGGCGUUCCAAAGCUCCAAAAGCUGUGGCUGAGCGGCAAUCGCGUUCAAGUGAUACAAAACCUCCACUUUUGCACCGACCUGCGUGAGCUGUGGCUUCAGGACAAUGCCAUCGAGGCCAUCACUGGCCUCGAUCAACUCACAAACCUGCACAACUUGGCACUAGCCAAGAACCGAAUAGCCCAUUUUGAAGAGCUGUCGAAAUUAGCGAAUUUGCCAAACUUGUGCAGCCUGUCGCUGGCCGACGAACAUUAUGGCAUCAACCCCAUCACUGCGGAAACCGGGUACAAGAUCUUUGUGGUCAACCAGCUCAAGCAAGUGCGGAUCUUGGAUGGGCUGGAGAUUCAAUCCACGGACCAGCGAUUCGCCGAAGACGAGUACAUGCAGCGCGUGCUGGCCUUCAACGACAAGAUCGACAAUGUCCAGCGAAGCCAUGACCAAGAGAUGCUUCGCAUUGACUCGCGGCGGAAUCGUAGCAACACCCACGCCGACCUGCUUCAAGAGGAGCUGCUGGGAUCGUUUCGGGCGCUGGAAGAUGUGGUCACGAAGGGACGCAAGGCGAUGGCGGACGAACAUGCGCGGCACCAACUCAUGCGAGAAAAGCACACGACGGCGCUGCACCACAAACUGCAGAGUUUGCAGCAAGAUUACCUCGCCCAGCUCGACUCGUUGAUCACACAAAGUGUCUUGGCCAUGGAACACCAAGACGCGCUGUUUGAACUGCUCGAGCGGCGCGCCGUGGCGGAGGAAGAGCAGGCGUUGGCGGUCGCCCAGCUACAGACGUCUGCGACGACGUUCCACCACGUCGCCGAUUCCUCGCCCGACUUUCGGUACAUUGCCAGUCUGUUCGUCGGUCGCGACCCCAGUGAGGCCAGACAUAGGACCGACGACGACGUCGAUUGGAAGGUCCUACAGCUGUACAAGUGCCACACUUCCCUACGGCAGCAGCCCUUCUCCCCCGACGGCAAGCCAAGUCCGUCGGUGCCGCUCUUUCUGGCCGGCCAAGCCGCGCUCGUCCACUCGUUUUUCACAGACAAUGUCCUGCCGCCAUCCUCGUGGCUCGCCUCCGACCCCGCGAUCGCCACCAUCGGCCACGCUGACCACUGUCACAUGCUGGUGUGCCAUGUUGCGUCGACUGUUCAGGUGCAUGAAGUGCACGUGGAAGGGGGAGCGUGGGACGAACAGCUUCUCGUGCACACGGAGCGUCAUGCGACGCUGUGGACAAAAGUCCAUUUUCAUAUGCACAGUCGAGUCACAUCGGUUGUAUACCUUCCGCCAGCGGCGCCGUCAACGUCAUGUCCUUCUACCGUGGACGUUAUUCCUGUGUACUAUGCCGUGUGCGCUGCGACACCGUGCACAGUCGACGAAGCCGAGCUACAGAGAUUGCUGCACGACGCAGGCCAUCCCCCGUCGGUCGGUGGAGCAGCAUGUGGGACUGACAAAGACACGGCCGACGCCUUGCUUCAGCAAUGCCAAGCAAGGAUGCGGAAAGAGGUCGAAGCAUACCAGCGCCACCUCUGGGACGACUUGCAGCCCGACCGAAUACGCGUUCCCGAGGACGUCCAGUCGUUGCAGCAAGCUCUCGAUCACUUGCGUAGCCACAUUCAGGAAGAGCAAGACACACAGAAAUCCAUGUUGCGGCAGAUGAACGUACAGAAGCAACGGAAGGGACCGCCGCAGCUACCUUAA